AUGAGAUCUAAUCAUUAAUACAAUUAUAAUUAUAAAUUAGACUAAAUAUUUUAGAGAGAGAAGUAACUAUUCAUAGUAAAUAGGUCAUAUGAUCUCCAUUUGAAGAAGUUGAAUGAAAUCAAAAGCAAAAAAACAUAAUCUUAAUAGAGAGUCUAGCAUUAGGAAAUCCUAGAAAAAAGAAAUAAUUUGAGAUAGCAAAGGAGACGUUUUGAUUUAAAUGAAUAAUCUGAGCGCAUAAACAAGGGCAAUAGCCAAUUGUAUUAAAAAAUAACAGAAAUUUGCAAUAGACCCAUGUAAUAAGAUUACUAUAAAUAUGAAGAUGAAAAUUUACAUCACCCUCAUAAUCUAAACUUAACCUUUCGUAAGAAUCAAGCUUAAUAAAUACAAAAUGAAAAUAUUAAAAUAGCUGAUCGUCUAAUGAAAUAAGAACCAGUCUUGAAAAUUGAAGAAUUUUCACAUUCUUAUAAAGAAAAUAAGAGGUUAAUGAUGAGAUUACAACGAUAUCAGCAGUGUUAAAAUUAUAUGAAUAUUAUCAGAAAUAAUAUGACAUAUUCUUAUAGAGAUUCUACAAAUAAUAGUUCAAUAUCUUCAAAAAAGAAAGAAAAACAAUAGUUAUAAUUUUAGUUGUAGCCUAUUAUUAAUUAUAAAGUAAAAUCUGUUGAAGCUUGUGAUUUAGAUAAAUUAAAGGAAAGUAAAGUCAAAGUUGAAUAAUAACAAGAAACUGAGUAAUUAAAAGACUAAUAGAUUAAACAACAAUUAUCAGAAAUCCAAUAAGUAAAUGAGGAAUCUUAAAUUGAAACUAUUAGAUAGGAUGAAUCUGUUGAAUAAUAGAUAUAAUCAUAAAUUGAAAGAUAAGUUAAGUAAUAUUAAGAAGAACAAAGUGAUGAUAUUGAUUAAUAAUAAAAAUGA